UAAGGGGAGAAAGCGCGCGACCAUGCGAAUUUUCUUUCACGCGGGCGUGCGAACACUUCCUCGAAGCGGGAACAAUGGAAGCGCCGUAAACGAGGGGGAUGAGAUGUAAGGAACGCGAUCGAUCCAACGGGAGGAGACUCGAUUUUCCUCGAGUCCUCAUCAACUUGGAUAGUCAUUGCGAUUCGUGGAAUAACGGUGAAUUCGAUCGCCGUCGGCGAUUCAUCGAUGAAUUUAUCCACGCCCAUACUUCCUCCUUUCCAGCCGUCGCGCGGAGAGUCAUCGAGGGAAGAAUGAUCUCGCGCACGUAGGACGGGGAAUGAUCAGCGUAUAGGUUAUGUCGCGUUGAUACACGAUAGGCGGAACGGUCUUUGUCAUCGGCAGCGAGUUUGUCCUUUGUCCGUGCGAGGCACGUUCCUCCUUACGGUGCAUUACGGUAUCAUCUAAAAUUAGGCGACUCUCCGCGCGGCGGUGUGGAACGCUACGAGCGUCGUAUUCGCGAGCCUGUCGGCGUAUUCAGGGAUUUUUCGUGUCCAGGAACUGGCCGUGUGCGCGCUGGUCGCCAUUUUCCUUCCCCCGCACGUCUGACAUGUCUUUCUAAUGUUAUUAUCGACGAAUGUUGAAAUUUGUGGGUGAAACUCCGGUUGUAACGUAACGAGCGGCUCUCUCACGGGGAAGAGAUCGGGCCAAGUCUGAUUGGUCGACGGGCGUAGGUCGCCGUCGUCCCAGUUGCGAUUUCCAUUGUUCCAACCUCGGACUUCGAGCGAGACACGGGACCGAUCAUACACGGAGUCCAGAUUCGGCAGGAUCGCGAUUACCGCCGUCGAGGGCAAGUAUGUCGUGAGAUCUCUCCGAGGAGUUCAUCCGGCUGCGUCGGCGAGAGAACCACGUCGCGGCGGUAUCACGCAACGGUGUCCCGUUGUCGAUGUGACGAGCGAACCUAACCACAACCACGCACACCUUCGAUCGGCGACGUGUGUGCGCUCUUAUGUCAACAGUGGACAGAUCUCGCUCGAUGAUAUGGCUCUGGAUCCGCGACGAUCGUCGAAUCUGCCAGUUUCCGCCGCUUCUACGCACCGACGCGCGACGCAGUUGCUCAAACAUGUGUAGGGCAUGUCCGGUGUAGACAACUACUAUGCGAGGUGGAACAGGUCCGGACAGAAGCAGCAACCAAUGAAGGUCCUUAUAUCCGAAAACUCAAACAUGGACAGUAAAUUGAAGUUUUCGGAGCGUUUGAAGGCUUUGCUGAAAACCGAGGCUCACCAAGAUGUAGAUCCGUACAUUUUCAGUGAACCGGAACCGUUCACCACGGCGGCGGGGAGAAAUGCCGCGGUGGUGCAGCAAAUUCCACCUACAAAUUCGAAAGUGAUGCAAAGUUGUAAGAACAGUAAGUCGAAGGGGAAAUGCAUGAAGCAGAAGACGAGGAUAGCGCCUGUGACGGACGCGGGCUACUGCACGACCAUCGGGGUAAACACCGUGGCGGGCGUCGAGGUCGCCGGCGAGAACCUGGAUCAGAAAUUUUCAAGUUUCGUCCAGCACAAGCAGCGACACAUUGAGAAUCUGCAGAGAUUACGAUCCAGGCGGCAAAAUCGGGACCACACUCUGUUAUAUUAUCCUAGAGCCGGGGACGAGAUAUCCGACAGCGAGUCGAGCGGAGACGAGAUGAUGACUUAUCAGCGCCACUGGUUCCCCGGUGAAUCCCCAACGACGUUGAAUCGCGCGGCCCGGCUGUCCCAGAUGCGCUCGCAGCUGCAACGACGGCUGCUUCAGCUGGACACCGUCGGGCCGGACGCCGAGGUUCUCUUGCGACACCGAGUGCGGUGCCUGUUGGAAGCCGCUUACAAAGAUCCCGCCUCUACCGCGAGAGCCUUGAGCGAUUCCCCGGGCACCAGCAAGGUACUCGACGGGCCACUAUUAGUCGGUGGACCAUGCGGGGCGGAAGGAUGCCAGCAAACGUCUCUGCCUUGCACCCGGCACUGUUCCCGCCACAUCAUGCUAAACGGAGAUCAGCUUUUAUUCGAGCAUUGCACUGCCAAAUUUAGUGACAACACACAGUGUUGUAUUCCUGUGUUUGACGUCGCCCACGAAUUACCUCUCUGUCCGGAGCAUGCCAGAAAAAGGGACAAUUAUCACCGUAAAGCCCAAGAAUCCAAACCAAAGAAAGCUCGUAAAAAGCCAGCCUCGCCCACGAUCCCGAGGCCUAAGCCCAAGUCCAGGCCGAAGAAGCGCAAGCGGCCGCCCUCGAGCAACAAAAUAGAGACUAAGGGUUCCGCAUUGAUGCACGAGGAGAGUCAUUACAUGAGCCAAAUAAACUGUAGUGAAAAUCACAGCAAGACAUUAAAUAACCUGAAUGUUCCACAGGGAAGUUCAAAUUCGUCUAACUUAAAUCUAGGGUUGGGAUUAGGCUCGCUCGGGCUGGGCGGCGGACUCAAAGUCGAGCUUGGAGAUCACGAGGUGUUCGCUUCAUUGGAUUCCGCUGAACAUGACUUCGGCAAUGUGCUCAACAACUUACCCGCCGAUGCUUUUAACGACUUAUUUAUUGAGGGUAGGAACGGAGAGUACGAACCGUCGAGAGAGGAAGAGGAGGAAUUGGAGCGAGCCCUGGAGGAGGUUGAUAAAGACGUGCGAAAUUUGGAGAGGAUAACGGGGCAAACGCAUGGACUCUUAGAGCCAGCUUUGCUCGCUCAGCUUAUGUCGGACAUUGCCUCGUAGCCCCACCAAUCUUAAUGUAAUAAUUUGGAGAUGAGUUCGCGUGUGUUCCUCAUAACGUAGAGACAAGUACUGUUCGUGUCUGUGCUGCUAAAAAUGUAAGAUUGUGUUUAUAGACUGUCAUUAUAUGUAGCCUCGCAAAACCGAGAUAAUGGCAGGGAUCGACAUACAGAAAGUAAAAAGGAAAAAGAAAAAAAAUGAAGCAGUAGCGAAAAUUCUUAUGAAUUUAAUGUAAAACAGUACAUCGGGGUACAGUACCGCGGAUAGAUUUAUGUGAGGCGAGUAGCGACGUAAAAAACCGAAAAUUCCAUCCUUUUUGACAAAUAACCAUGGACAUUUUUCUGUCAUCGUCAUAACACACCUGCAAUACAUUUGUAGCUUAUUUACGAACAUUUUUUGACUUGCACUCGAGAAAUUCGUUUAGAAAAAUUGUCGUAGUCUUAAUAAUACAUGUGAUGAUUUUUAAGGAUACGGGAUGUACUACGGAGAGGAGUGGAGGGAACGAACAAUGUUACACAAGUGGUUCGGGCUAGGUUCCAAUAUACACACACACACAUACACACACACACACACACACACGAGGUAAAAAUACGCGGAAAACGUAUUUGGAAUUUUUAUAUACGACUUGUUUUUACUAAAAACGAAGAAGAACAAGAAUUAUCUAAAUUACUUUACUAAUAUAGCUCCCAUAUUUAUUGAACUACACACACAUACACACACAUAAUGUCUAGCUAAUUGCUCGAUUACUCGAAUAAUAGGUACAAGAGUAUUUUGUAUGACUGAUUUGUAAUGAUUUUAUCUGUUAUCUCAAUUCUAUUAUAACAGUUGUAAAAUAGAAAUUCUGACUUAUGAAUAUUAUUUAGCUACCGAUUAAAAGUGCGGAAUAACUAGGGCUUUGAACGACGUAACAUUCGCGAAAGAUGAUUUGAUUGUCCAUAUCAUUUCGAAGUACCUUUCUCAUCGUUAGACGAAAUUACCGUAGUCCAUUAUUCAUUCGCAAGAUUACGUUCGCAGCGGGUAACAUUUACGUUUCGCGAAAAGAAACGGAUGAUUCAAUGAGGAAUAUCUUACGCAAUAUCAUUUGUUAAACAAAAAGAAAAAUGAAACAUUCGAAUAAAACACAUUUUUCCACAA